AUGGAGGGCAAGCGCACCGACCAGGCAAAGCUCAGCACGAUGCACCCAAAGGUUAUCUGCUGCAAGCUCUACAUCUCUGAAAGCCAAAAUGCGGCUGUUGUCGAUGCCAUCAGCCGCAUAGGCCAGAAAGACCCUGAGGUGGUUUUGCUCAGCAAGUUCGAGGACGAGUACUACAACCGUGUCCGCUAUACGCUCGCCUCCUACAUCACCAGCGAAAGCUCAACCGGUGAAGCUGUAUUUAGCCCAAUCAGGAAGGUGUUGCUGGCGAUGAUCGAGGCUGCAUUUUCAGCCAUAAAUCUCGAAGUACACAGUGGAACUCAUCCAAGGAUUGGCGUCGUCGAUGACAUGUCGUUCCACCCCUUGAGCCAAGAGGCCACAAUGGAGGAUGCUGCUCAGCUGGCUAAGUUGGUCGCCUCUGACAUUGGCAAUGGCUUGCAAGUUCCGGUGUUCCUCUACGCGGCAGCACACCCCACCAGCAAGAGCGUCAGUGCAAUACGGCGUGAGCUCGGCUACUACCGGCCAAAUCACAAGGGUGUCCAAUGGGCAGGCCAGGUGCUCCCUGAUACUCUACCAGUGAAGCCAGAUGUGGGCCCAGCUCAUGUUUCUAGUAAAAGAGGUGCCACCAUGGUCGGAGCAAAACCUUUCGUCGAGAGCUACAAUGUGCCGAUAUUCUGCAAGGAUGUCCCGACCGUGAGAAGGAUCACCCGGAGGGUCACGGGACGGAGCGGAGGGUUCCCGACGGUGCAGGCGCUUGCUCUCUUCCAUGGCGACAAUUGCACGGAGAUCGCGUGCUUGCUGGAUCCAGACCAUGUUGGUGCCGAUCAGGUUCAGUGGCUGGUGGAGCAGAUUGCAGGAGAGCAAGGGCUUGAGGUUGACAAGGGCUAUUUCACCGACCUGUCCAAGGACAUGAUGCUGGAAAGGUACUUCAAGAUGGUUUCUGCAGCUGAUUGA